AUGAAAAAGCCAUUCGACAAGUUCGAGUUCGAAGUGAGUCCAGCCGUUGUCAACGCGUUUUACUCGCCGGAGAAGAAUGCCUUGACAUUUCCAGCCGGAAUUCUCAAGCCGCCUUUCUUCAGUGGCUCAUAUCCGAAGAUGGUAAAUUAUGGUGCGAUUGGUGCCGUGAUAGGCCACGAAAUUACACAUGGAUUCGAUGAUCAAGGUGUACACAAAUUUCCUUUCGCCUUACCAAACGACUGGCUGUUAUGUUGGCAGACUCAAACCUGGGCGUUAAGCAUGAGAGCAGCGCCAUUUAUUGCAACGCCAUACUCGCCAAUUCAAGACUUGAUAAUGGGGAAUGCUUUUUAUAAUUUUUCGUUUUUCAGGAUGGUAAAUUAUGGUGCGAUUGGUGCCGUGAUAGGCCACGAAAUUACACAUGGAUUCGAUGAUCAAGGUGUACACAAAUUUCCUUUUGCCUUACCAGAAAAUUCGGUAUUUUGGUUUAAUAGCAUAACUUCAGGUAGCCAAUAUGACAAAGAUGGGAACUUACAGAACUGGUGGAAUGAAGACUCCUACAAGGGUUUCGCGAAAAGGAAGGAAUGCAUUAUUGAUCAGUACAGCUCCUACAAAGUACCGAGCACUGACUAUAAGGUAUCAGUUACAUAUACACUUGUUGCUCACUGCUUUUUUUUCGAAAUUCCUGAAAAUAUUGUCAGACUGCAAUCAUUAUCGUCAUUCUCGACCGUCCCCACCCCCGGCUGCUUUUCUCUCUUUCCUCCCCCCUCCCCCACCCUUUCCCGACCACUAGCCCCAACGAGAGCGUGUAAACAUUCUUGUUAG